UAAGGUUAGCUGGAGCACAAAGACAGCAAUCAUAUAUCAAAAUAUUUUACAUAUCGCUUGUUUAUGGGCCAGUGAAGACCUUCAGAUUCAAUGAUAAUCAUAAUAUGUGCGUUUUGACUCUACUUUUCUCUAAAAAGUAAUUUGCGAAUAGAAAUGAGGAGGAUCUUGAGAAGCGUUCCUGUUGACAUGUGAUUCAGCUGUCAGGAGUACAGCGUAUGCCCACAGUCCCGUGUACAGCACUGUGUACCCAGUAACGCAAGCCACCAGACUCAGCUGACGCGACGGUGCCAAACAAACGGUCGUGAUUCUGAAAAUUGAGAGACCAUUGAAAGUUGGGGUGUGACCAGUGCCGACGUGACCAGCACCGAGGGCAGGGCCAACAUGAGCACCAAGAGGAAAGAGGAGAGCUCGUCACGGACGAUGGGCAAGUCCCGCACGGAGGAGAGCUCGUCACGGGCGAUGGGCAAGUCCCGCGCCAAGAGGCCCGAGCAGUCGAGACGAGAGUCUGAGAGGGACUCCGGCUUCUCAGAUGCGAGCUCGGAGUAUUUGAGUGGCGUGGGCAAGGCAGAGUCGGACGAUGCGUCUCAGCCCUCCCAGCUGGCCGUGGUCCGAGGCUUCUCCCCUAACCUGUCCCCUAUGAUCCUCAUGAACAACGUUCUUCUCAAGCAGCCCAGUCCUCCCAGCCUUAAGCGCUGGGGCUUCAGCCCUGGCGUGGAGAUGGUGCAGCCGCCUCAGGUGGUCUUCCUGCAGCCCGUGGUCUCUGCCUGCGGACCUCCUGCGUCCACAGAGCCCCCCUCCAAACGCCGGCGCCACAAGAAAUACCUCCCCAUCCUGAAGUCCUACCCAAAAAUUGCCCCCCACCCGGGUGAUGGCCCCCAUCAGACCAGCAGCAGCAGCAGCAGCAGCACGGCGUCCAGCUCCUACUCAGUCGCCUCCUCUGUGAAGAGCUGCCGCUUGUCCUCCGGCCGCCAGGAGCGCCAUCGCUCCUCCACCCCAUGUUCUACGCCUCAUCGCAGAGACAAAAAGGCCAGUGUUUCCGGUUCCUCCACCCCAUGUUCUACGCCUCAUCGCAGAGACAAGAACCCCAGUGUUUCCGGUUCCUCCACCCCAUGUUCUACGCCUCAUCGCAGAGACAAGAACCCCAGUGUUUCCGGUUCCUCCACCCCAUGUUCUACGCCUCAUCGCAGAGACAAGAACCCCAGCGUUUCCGGUUCCUCCACCCCAUGUUCUACGCCAGCAUCACCACUCCACCCCCAUAUCACCCUCACAGACUCCACCCCUCCUCGCAUCCCCGCCCCCGAGCGUCCUGCUCUCAUCUCCAGGUCCGAGUCGGUUCCGUUGGACAUAUGCAAAUCCACAGACUCUAGGACCCUGGAGUUCUCCCCCCCGCAGACGCCGACGGAGAGCGGCGGGAGUAGCCCCAGUGUCUGCGGCGACACCAACCAGGACGGCGACGGCGACGCCGGCACAGACUCCGACGGCAGCAAGCGGAAGCGCUUCUGCAACACCUACAACAUCCUGAGCAAGUCGGGCCUGCUGGACAUCACGCUGCGCACCAAGGAGCUGAUCCGGCAGAACCGGCGGACGCAGGGCGACCUGGAGCGACUCCGCGAUCACACCAAGCUCUUCAUGGAGGUGCUGAGGAGCGGAGACAUCGGCGUGUUCGAUCAGCUCCAGAACAGCAUGCAGGUGGACACCGAGCGGGAGAAGAACGCGUAGAACGACGUGGUUAUGCCUCGGGACAGACAGACAGACAGACAGACAGACAUACAGACAUUGGGAGCAAAGCAUAUCCCUGGACAGAUGUGUCCUGCUGUGACUGCAGAUGUGUCCUGUGACUGCAGAUGUGUCCUGUGACUGUCUUUUUCAAACUGAACUAGAGUUACUAGUGACCGUGGGCUGAUCUUUGCCCCGAUGCUGAAGCUUGUGUCCAGUCAGAGUGUGGAUCAGUAGGUCCAAAGAAAAAAGGGACGUUGGCUUUACUCGAAGAGUGCAAAAUACUAUAAUGUGUGAUAAUCAGAGUUGAAGUGUUUCUAAAAGAGUGUUAGAGUCGUGUGGGUUCCUAGGGAGCCAUAAGGUGGGGGUCCCCUUGGCCAGCUGGGUGAGGGUUAAGGCGGGGGUCCCCUUGGCCAGCUGGGUGAGGGUUAAGGCGGGGGUCCCCUUGGCCAGCUGGGUUAGGGUUAAGGCGGGGGUCCCCUUGGCCAGCUGCACAACCAGGCUGAGAUGAUGACGCUGGGGACUGCCAUGCCUAAAGGAGAAGGGUCUCAUCUAUGGUAGCACAGAGCUGACAAGCACACACACACACACACACACACACACGCACACGGGGAAAUGCUUUGACACACACUUGGCAUGUAACAAGCCUUAAUUCUGAUCAAGAACCUAUUGUCAGUCAUUUUUUCUUCCCAAACAUCUUGUGAUUUGGCCAUCAACACUGUCUGACAUCUCUGCUCCUGACUGGAAUCCUGAAAGCCUUUUGCACGUUCAGGUUGUGUGUGGCCUAUUUUUCUGCAAAACAUUAAGGUGUUUCAUUUGUGUAGAUAUGUCCCCGGAGAGAGGAGAGUGAAAUAAUUUUGUGUGAGGAAUGCGACAAUUUUCAUGAAAGAG